GAAGGAGGCUCUCACUCUCUGAUUUACGUCAUCUCUUAAGUUUACAGAACGUGUGACGCUGUAACCAUGGAAACAAGACAUAGCCUACUACCCGGUGUAGUGCGGGACAACAAUAAAUUAGUGCAGUAAGUAUGACAUCGUUGCAGCAAGACAUUUUUAAUUGUGUGCUAUCUGGAGAUUUGGAAACCAUCAAGGGCUUUUUGAGUGAGGGUGUCACAGAGGAGGAGGUGCCGGAAGACGGUUUGUUUGGUAUGAAGGACGAGGCUGGGAGGAACGCCCUGUUGACUGCCAGUAUGUUGGGGAGGAGCGCCAUCGUCCCAGAACUGCUCAGACACGGAGCUCUGGUCAACGAGCAGACUGUCAGGGGUUAUUCCUCCCUACACCUUGCGGCCUGUUGGGGCCACCUGGAAACAGUGAGGACUCUACUUGAGCUGGGAGCCGACACACAGGCAAAGACCUUCAGAGGGGAGAGGCCUUUAGACUUGGCCCACAGAUACUCCAAGACUGACUGUGCUGACUGUCUCAUCCUGGCAGACGCUCAACAGGACUUUCUGUCAUAUGUGACCUUCAUUAAAGACAUGACCUCUGAUUCAAAGAGGAACCUGACAAAAGAGGAGAAGAAAAUCUGCAAGUCUGUGUGCUCGUCCAAGUCGGACUGGAUUCAGAGUGUCAGAAACCCAACAGUCUCCGACUUCUUAGACCAAAGACAAGACAUAGAGGACACUCUCAGGCCGAUCCUCACUAAGCUGACAGCAGGAUCUGCAGAGGUGCCUGGAAAAACAGCAGGAAAGGACUGACGCAGAGGAAAUAUCUCCAAAUCUCAGUGUUCAAAUAAAUGUCUGAAAGGGUUAAACUUGUGUUUAGUGUAUACCUGGUUGAAAGUGGAAAAGUAUGAGCAACUUAAAAACACCAAUAUGAGAGGAAUGGAAGGCCAACUGCUCGUCACAGGUUUCAUGACUGUAUCUAA